GAUAUGUGCUUCGCGCGCGAAACCCUGUUUCUACUCCUUCACCGAAUGCAGAUGGAGUAUUCGGCUGGCACUGUCGCAGCGGCGAAGAGUCUGCAGAUCUAUACGUAUAUAUACGCGUCGGCGGCUACAUUCUGGACCUAUGAUUAUGCUUGUUCGUUUCACCAGGAGUUGAUGUUCCUGCUACAAUCACGCUGGACCAAGAUUAAAGUCCUUUAUAUCGUAACGCGAUACGUGCCAUUUUUCCUCUUCGCCGGCCAUUUAUACUUAAACUUUAUCCCCAACGAGAACCCCAAUAAAUGCCUGACUUUGAGCAAUAUUUGUAUAUGUUUCGAACUAGUGUCGAUCAUUUGCUCCGAAUGUGUUUCUCCUUCCCCCCUAACAUACACGCAUUACUGAUCUAAUUCAACCAGGUUUUUUCAUCCUCAGAACAUAUGUGCUGUGGAACAAGAACAAAAUUGUACUCGGAGCCAUGCUGACCGCCUUUCUUGCUGUCAUCGUAGCAUCCAUCACCGUCCUCUUUGCCGCGACUACGACCGCACCAUAUGAGACCAGCCCGAUCCCGGGCAUCACGGGCUGCUAUCAGC